CAAGAGGGCGAUUAAACGAAAAGUGGAACUGGAAUGGGGCACAGAAGACAUGGAAUAUCUACAGAAAGUAGAGCUCCAUUCAGAAGGGGCGCUGAAUGAAAUACGGCCUGACAUCAUCAUAUACAAUGCAGGCACGGACAUUCUUGAUGGAGACCCUCUUGGAGGGCUGGCUAUAUCCCCACAGGGUAUCAUAAAGAGAGAUGAGAUCAUCUUCAGGGCAGCCCGGCGACGAGGAAUCCCCAUCCUUAUGGUGACGUCAGGGGGCUACCAGAAGAAAACCGCCCGCAUCAUUGCUGACUCCAUCCUGAAUCUGCACAGACAGGGUUUGAUUGGUGAAGAGGCUGUAGAGGGUGCGGGACCCUCACAUGCACCGCUCAUGAUGAGCAAAUCUGUGUCAUUGGGGGCCACGUUCAGUGCCAUUUAAACUCUCCUAAUCUUGGACCUUGUCAAGUGUGUCAGACACACUGUUCAUUUAUCUAAUGCAAACAUUUAGAACUAAUAUAAAAUGUUCUGGUCAGGGAUCUAAUGGUUUGGUGGUUUGGACCGAGAUUGACUCAGGAUAGUUUUCGUAGUUCAUCGAUUUGAACUAUUUAAACUUGUAUGUUGCAUUUUUUUGUGAUAGUUUUGGAGUGAAAUUUUGAAAUUGGGUAAUAUUUUCAACUUUUUCAUCCUUUCUUAAGGGUAUGCAAUGCUUGUUUGCACAUAAAAUUUUCAAAGGAAUAGUUUACCCCAAAAUAAAUUGUCAGCAUUUGCUCACACUCAUUCCAAAUCCAUUCAGUUUUAUUAUAUGGAAAAGAACAUUUCUCAUUUUGUGUUCCACAAAAGAAAAACAAUGAUACGGGUUUGGAAUGACAGAAUUUUCAUUGUUGGGUAAACCUUUUUAAUUGAUGCCCACAAGUUGAGCAUUGGAAGGGAAUUGAUUUCUUCUCAAUUUCAAAUUUAAAAAACAAAUCUAAGGGGUACUGUACUAAUACAUUCCUCUAGAAAUCCCCAGUUUGAGAUCCACACAAGAAAAAUAGAUCAUAUGCCAAGAGUUGAUUUUAUUGAGGAAUUUGCGUCAGCUGCAACACUAUAUUAGAUUUAUUCGAAAUUAAAUUAUGGCAUUAUGCAUUACAGAUUCCUUAUUGCAUCGACCUGCUCUGCUAUCACACAUUAAAUUAUUCUGUGCCAUUAAAUGGAAGUUGCUCUUAAGACCUGCUUUUGUGACCAGUUGGUUUUAGUAGCACGCAGGAAUUCUCAUUUGUGUGCAUCAGCAGGUGGACCACUGUCAGGCUGAGUGCUUUCUAUCAUAUUACACCUGGCAGGCUUUUGAAAUGUCUUCAGGCUGAGGCCGGGGCUCUCUCUAUUAGGAAAUUAAACUCUUCAUUGGAGAAUUUGAGAGACACUGCAUUUGGUUACCAGUGACAGUUCUAAAGAUGUGAUAUUGUCUGCCUCAAUUUAACAAAAUGGGUCCUGUCAUCUAGAGAAUAAGUAGGAGAUUAUGACACUGGUUUCUUUUUUUGUUCAGAUUCUAAAUUAUAGUUUGAAAUCUAGAUUCUCAGAUUUUGAUUUUGUUUUGUGUUUUUUUUUUUUGGACAUCAAGUGUAGAACAGUCUACUAUUUUUACUCGAGGAGUUCAUUACUCCACACAGAUUUACCGCUGAAUUUGUCACUAUUGGCAUUAUAAGCUUUUAUUUAAAGGUAUGAUUCACCCAAAAAUGAAAAUUCAAUCAUCAUUUAU